UCCUGCCUCCCCGGGCCAGACUGGAUGAGCCGGGAGCUCCCCACCGCUGACGGUCAGACCCCAGCCUCCAUCUGCCUCCACGGGCCGGGACCGCCGCCGCUGCCACUGCCGUCCACAGAAGCCCAGCUGUCCCUCCCUGCUCAUCCCUUGGCCAGUGACCCCCGGCCUGGCCCUGUGCCCCGGUGCCCACUUCUCCUGACCCCUCGGCCACCACCUCAGAAGGCUGGAGCAGGGACGCCAUCGCUCCAGCUGCCUGCUCCCCUUGGGUCCCCGCGAGAGCCCAAGCCGGCCCCCGCGCCCGCCUGCCGCCCUCCCCCUGGACACCGGAUAAGGCCCAGCGCGCAGACCCCUGGGUGGACAGCAUGGACCGUGGCACGCUCCCCCAGGCCGUUGCCCUGCUGCUGGCCAUCUGCAGCCUCAGCCCCACAAAUCUUGCAGAAACAGUCCAUUGCGACCUACAGCCUGUGGACUCUGAGGUGACAUAUAUCACAAGCCAGGUUACUAAUGGCUGUGUGGCUCAGGUCACCAAUGCUGCCCUGGAAGUCCACAUCCUCUUCUUGGAGUUCUCAAAGGAGGUGUCAACACUGGACCUGACUCUCCAGACGUCCAGGCAAAAUGGCACCCGGCCCCGAGAGGUGCUCCUGAUUCUCAGCGUCAGUAAGAACGUCUUCCUGAAGUUUCAGGCUCCAGGAGUCCCAGUCCGCCUGGCCUACAACCCCAACCUGGUCUUCUUUCAAGAGCCUCCAGGAGUCAACACCACACAGCUGCCACCCUUCACUACCAAGAGCCAGCUCCUCAAAUGGGCAGAUACAGAGGGCCUCAUUGCCUCUGCUGCUGAGCUGAACGAACCCAAAAGCAUCCUCCUCCGUCUGGACCAAGCCCUGAGGGAACCGUCCUCCUGCAGUCUGGAAGCCCACAAGGACAUGGGCCACACGCUGGAAUGGAGCCCACACACCCAGGCCUCCGUGCGGGGCUGCCGCUUGGAAGGUGUGGCUGGCCACAAGGAAGCGUACAUCCUGAGGGUCCUGCCUGGUCCGGAGUCCUGGCCCCGGACAGUGACCGUGAAGGUGGAGCUGAGCUGCGCUUCAGGGGAUCCCGAAGCUGUGCUCAUCCUGCAGGGUCCACCCUACGUGUCCUGGCUCAUCGACGCCAAUCAUACCAUGCAGAUCUGGACCACUGGUAAAUACUCCUUCAAGAUCUUUCCAGAGGGGAACAUAAGUGGCUACGACCUCCCAGAUACAACCCAAGGCCUGCUGGAGGAGGCCCAGAGGCUCAACGCCAGUGUAGUAGCAUCUUUUGUGGAGCUCCCUCUGGCCAGUUUCGUCUCUCUGCGGGCCCGCAGCUGCGGCAGUGAGCUUCGGCCCUCACCCACACCAGUCCAGACCAUCCCUCCCAGGGAGGGUUGCAACCAGGAGCUGCUCCUGUCCCUGAUACAGCCCAAGUGCUCUGAUGACGUCAUGACUCUGGUACUCAAGAAAGAUCUCAUCUCGACUCUGAGGUGCACUAUCAUGAACCUGACCUUCUGGGACUCCAGCUGCAAGGCUGAGGACAGAGAUGACCAGCUUGUCUUGCGCAGCACCUACUCCAAAUGUGGCAUGAAAGUAACAGAAAAUGUGGUCAGUAACGAGGUGGUCGUCAACUUCCUGUCAAGCUCAUCACCGCAGCGGAAAAAGGUGCAAUGCAUCAACAUGGACAGCCUCUCCCUCCAGCUGGGCCUCUACCUCAGCCCGCACUUCCUCCAGACCUCCAACUCUAUCGAGCUGGGGCAGCAGGGCUUUGUGCAGGUGAGCGUGUCCCCAUCAAUCCCUGAGCUCACGAUCCAGCUGGACAGCUGCCAACUGAAUUUGGGGCCUGACAUGGAAAUCGUGGAACUCAUCCAGAGCCAGGCAGCCAAGAGCAGCUGUGUGAGCCUGAUGUCCCCAAGCCCUGGUGGUGACAUGCGCUUCAGCUUCCUCCUCCGUGGCCACAUGGUGCCCAUGCCCACAACUGGCAUCCUUAGCUGCACUGUAGCCCUACGUCCCAGGACUUGGUCCCUGGAAGUCCACAGGACUGUCUCCAUGCGCCUGAACAUCGUCAGCCCUGGCCUGCAUGACAAAGGCCUUGUCCUGCCCGCCGUGCUGGGCAUCACCUUUGGCGCCUUCCUCAUCGGGGCCCUGCUCACUGCUGCGCUCUGGUACAUCUACUUGCACACGCGUCACCCCAGCAAGCGGGAGCCCGUGGUGGCGGUGGCUGCCCCGGCCUCCUCGGAGAGCAGUAGCACCAACCACAGCAUCGGGAGCACCCAGAGCACCCCCUGCUCCACCAGCAGCAUGGCGUAGAGCCCAGCCCGGAGCCCUGAGGGCCACCCAGCCAGCCCUCGCCCAGCAGGAGAGACUGAGCAGCCAACAGCUGGGAACCACUGGCCAUGAACUUACCCAGGGACCCCAACCCCUCCACUCAACCAAGGAUGGACCAUGCCCUCUGCAUCCACCCCUCCUGCCUCCCUCUCAGAGGUCUGCUGCCAGCGAGGGCACCAGCUUGGAACAUCUUGGGGUCCCCCCACCCCAUCCCACAGAAACUUCAAACCCAGUGGGCCUGGGGUACGGCUGCCCAGGACCACGGAGAGACAGACCAUUGCCCUAUAUGUCCACCUUGUUGUAGAAACCCAAGUCCCUGUAAUUUUAACCUGGAUCCAGCCCUCAGUGAACUGGGCUGGGCAGGAGUUGAGAACUCCAAAACCAGACUCAGCCCAGCCCACCCAAGCCAACAGCGCCUCCUCCAUGGGAACAGAAGAGAGCCAGCCCAGAGCCACCUGGACCUGCUCCCAGCAGCCUCCACAUCUGGACUAGCACAACUCUGACGGAGAAAACAGAAGCCCAGGGGCGCCCAGCCUGGGAGUGGGAGAACCUAGCUCCUCCCUGCAACUGCCACACAGAUACCCCCCCUCCCCCAACCCCAGGCAGCCAGGCUGCCUGUCCUGGGCCCACCCCUGUAUACUCACCAUCAAUAAAUCAGACGAUGAAACCA